ACACUGUGAUCCUCUGUAUCUAUAUUGUUAUUGUUUUUGUUAUGCAAUAAAAACACCAUUUUAAGCCAUAAACCAUCGGGAAUAUUAGAUUUUAAUGAUUUUUUAAUGAUCACGAAUGAUCUAGCGAAACAUGUUUCCCGAUCCAGAAAAUGCGUUUAAACAAAGAAUUUUUUAACAGACACAAAAUCACAAAAAAAAUCAAUCAACCAAUCACAGUACAUUUGACACAAUAUAUAUCAAUGUGAUAAAGUGUUUCGCACAGUUCAAGGUGGAUUCACUCACACACGUGUAGGGUCUGGUGCUCUAACGUGAGAUCUCACACGCACGCACGCGCGCGCGGACAUGCAUCCCUUCCUUUACAGUGCUGUGGAACAUUUGUGUGUGUGACAGAAAGUCAGCCAUGACUUUAAACACACCUUCACACAAAUCUGUACAAAUCUGAUCAUAAUAUACAGGAUAUUGUUAGAGCAUCCUGCAGGACCGCAGCUUUGCAUUGCAAAACCCUUCAAUACCCCACUAUUCCGCUGUCACGUGUGACAUGAAAUAGAAUCCGAGAGGCGUAGAAGUUUGAGUGUGUGUGUGUGUGUGUGUGUGUGUGUGUGUGUGUGUGUGUGUGUGUGUGUGUGUGUGUGUGUGUGUGUGUGUGUGUGAGUGAGUGGGCCAGCAGGAGAGCUCAUCUUACCCCAGUCUACAAUGGAAUAGUUGGCUUUCUUUGUGAACCUUUCUGACAGAAAACCACAACCACGCAGUGCUGCACUUUCUUUAUUUCUCUUUAAUAACCCAAUGGAUAUGGAGGGCACGAGGCGGCUGACUGCGUGGAUCGGAGUCGGUGCUUUUCUGUUCUGCGUCCCGAGCGUCUACUGCUUCUCAGUGGCAGCGCAGGACGGCACGUGCGAGGCGAACGGCUCGGUGUACUAUGUGGGUGAGUGGUACUUCCUGGACUCGGAGCACUGCACGCAGUGUGAGUGUACGGCGGAGGGAGCGGUGUGCGCGAGGACAGAGUGCACUGCACUGCCGGCUGCAUGCAUUCACGUGAGCCACUACCCGAGCGACUGCUGCACGCGCUGCGAGAGGAUCGGCUGUGAGCACCGGGGACAGGUUUACGACCUCGGCCAAACCUUUCAGCCAUCAGAAUGUGAGCAGUGUACCUGCGACAAUGACGGCAUUGCCAGGUGCCUAGUAGCGGACUGUGCCCCUCCUGCAUGUGUCAACCCGGUCUUUCAAAGUGGGAAGUGCUGCCCAGACUGCAAAGAUGGGCCCAAUUGCUAUGUGGACGACUCUCGGGCGCAGAUAAUCCCCGGAGGCGUGGCAGUGUGGGUGGAUUCCUGCACCAAAUGCCGAUGCCACGACGGACAGGAUGCCGGCUAUUGGGAGGGCAACCGUGUGGCCACAUGUACCCGCCUCCACAACUGCACCAUCAGCGAGGGAGAAAACUAAAACUCACACAUGCUUCAGUAGCAGAGCUUGAAGCUCAGCAGAGUCAAGCAUGUCAUGAUAGCUUGUGCUUGUGUAUCUAAUCAUAGCCUUUUGUAGACUUUGUGAUUAUAGUCUUGUAUAACCUGCCCAACUUUGAAGUUGAAUGCUAAAUGACACGGCUGAACGUCGCUUUGGCCUUGUAAAGGAUGUUCUUUAGAUUUAGCCCUAAUAAGUAGGCUGCAGUCAGGAACAAAAUACUGAGUGAAUAUUUAAUCAGCAUUCCACAACUAAAACAAUAUAUUUUGAUGCUAAUAUAAAACCAAUAGCUAUUACUUUGUUGCACAGUAUUUGUUCUAGUUGAUUACUGAUUAUAUUAAACAACUUUCCCAACCUUAUUGUAGGCUGUUUAGUAACUUUGAGAUUCAAGACUCCAUGAAUUAAAUGCCAUAAAUGUUGGUUCAUGAAUGUUGUUUACUCUUAUUGCAUAAAAAGUCAGAGUCUGGUUCAAAUCUGUAUAUCAUACAUAUAUAUUUAUACAUAGAUCGAGAAACGCUAAUACAAUGCAUUGUCCUGUAUUUUGUUUCUGUUUAACCUGCCCUCACUUCAGCUGAAAUGGUUAAUACUUUUUCAAAAAUAGUGGCACAUUUGCCUCACACCUCCAGAGUUGGGGGUUCGAUUCCCGCCUCCGCCUUAUGUGUGGGGAGUUUGCAUGUUCUCGCGUGCCUCGGGGGUUUCCUCUGGGUUCUCUGGUUUCCUCCCCUGGUCCA